AGUCACUGUUGUUUGUUUGGUAAGAGUAUGAAAUCUCGUCACACUUCAAGCAGCGCGUCUUCCUCGCUCAAUGGAACGUCCGGGAGUCUAGAAGAACCUAUCAUAGAACAGAGACUAGAUGUAGAAGACGGCACUAAUUUCCCUCCAAAGUGUCUCGAAGACAAGGAGACCGAGAAGACAAUUUGGGCACGUCUAUGGCAUGGUGAUUGGGAGGUCAAAACAGGUCCGGAUGGUUACAAGCCAUUCUGGUACGAGGCUGCGCUAUGUUGUAGCUUCACUACCUUCUUGGCAUUUAUACCAUCCGAGCCCCACUUGACGACCUAUCUCAGGGAGGUCAAAGGUUUUACAGAUGAUCAGAUCAACUCUCAGAUUUACCCUUGGUCCACUUACGCAUGCAUCCCCUUUCUUUUAGUCGGUGGUUGCCUAUCUGAGUUUGUUGGCUACAAACUGGCACUCAUUCUUGGAGCAAUGGGUCGUUUAGCUACCAGAUUUCUGUUGCUGUUUGGUAAUAGUUUGCUUGACAUGCAGAUUAUGCAAUGUACAUACGCCUUUGGUACCGCGGCCGAGGAAAUCUUCUAUGGCUAUCUCUUCCAUGUUGUGCCCAAGGAGAAUUAUCAGAAACUAACGUCGAUGAACCUGGCGUCUCAUGUCUUUUCCCAUAUGAUAUCUGGUAUAGUAGGUGAUGUUAUGAUCAAUGCUUGUCACAUGAGUCAAACCUCUCUCAUGUGGGUUUCGGCUGCUUCGGUUAUUGUUGCGGCUAUCAUAGCGCUUUUCCUCACGGGUGUCAAGCGCGACAAAGCUCCUAGGCCUAAGGAGGUGUGGAAGGCUAUGAAGUGGGCUUAUGAGGAUAAGGUUUAUGUUCUUAUUCUGUUCUGGUGGAUAUUCGGCAAUUGCGCCUACGGUCUUAUCGAUGGUUAUGAAGCUUCACUGUACGAUAUGAUGAUGGUGGAAGAGGGUACCGAGGAAAACUAUAAUGGAACAGUGUAUGCUAUUGCGCAACUUAUUGCUACCAUUAGUGCCUUGUCUGUAGCAGUGCCUCGAAUACUGAAGGUUGCAUAUCACCAUCAACACGUUACUGUGGGCAGUCUGGGCCUCUGGUGUAUCCUGGCCCUAACGCUGAUGGUUUGGUAUCCUCGUAUCCUCCCGAUGUGUAUUGGUUUCAUCCUAUACUACCUUGGUUAUCAUUUCAUCAACGCCUUCGUCAGCGCGGAGACGGGUCGUGUCGUUAACAAGCAUAUGAAAGAGGAAGGUAAUGUCAACUCUGGCUGUUAUGCUAUCAUAGUCAUGUUCAACAAUCUUACUGCAUACAUCCUGUCAACUAUCCUUUCCCUCAUCAUGUUUACUUGGUUUCAAAUCGAUCUUCGCACUGUCUAUAAGAUACUGUGGAUCUUUCAACUUUCUUUCCAGGCGGUUUUUAUGAUCCUGGCUACAGUAUUAUAUUUCUGGUCCAAGAGACAUGCUACUGCUUGCGAUGUUGAAAUCGCCAAAUGA